CCCACCCCAAGUGCGGCAGACUCUUCCCUGAAGCUGCCGGCUGCGGCCGGAGCUGGAGCUGCCGCCUCCAUGAGAGCCUUCCUCCCACACCCCAGGGCCAAAGGACCCUCUGCCACCAGAGUGAGAUCCUAGAGACCAUCAUCCUGGUUAACCCCAGUGCAGACAACAUCAGCUCUGAGGUUCACCAUCUUCUUAGCAGCCCAUCAGCUCACAAACUACUGAUCUUGAGUGGGCAAAGUUUAGAGCCUGGGGGCGACCUCAUCCUACAGAGUGGCACCUACUCCUACCAAAACUUUGCCCAGGUUCUUCACAACCCAGAGAUUGCCCAAUUGCUCAGCAAUAGAGACCCUGGGAUCCAGGCCUUCCUCACCGUGUCCUGCUUAGGAGAGGGUGAUUGGAGCCACCUGGGACUAUACAGUUCCCAAGAGACCCUGCACCUCCGGCUAAACCCUGAGCCCACACUGCCCAUCAUGGAUGGUGUGGCUGAGUUCUCCGAAUACGUCUCUGAGACUGUGGAUGUGCCAUCCCCCUUUGACCUGCUAGAGCCUCCCACCUCAGGGGGCUUCCUCAAGCUCUCCAAGCCUUGCUGCUACAUUUUCCCUGGUGGUCGUGGGGACUCUGCCCUCUUUGCUGUUAAUGGUUUCAACAUCCUGGUGGAUGGUGGCUCUGAUCGCAAGUCCUGCUUUUGGAAACUGGUGCGGCACCUGGACCGCAUUGACUCUGUGCUACUCACACACAUUGGGGCAGACAACCUGCCAGGCAUCAAUGGACUCCUGCAGCGCAAAGUGGCAGAGUUAGAGGAGGAGCAGUCCCAAGGGUCUAGCAGCUACAGCGACUGGGUGAAGAAUCUCAUCUCCCCUGAACUUGGAGUUGUUUUUUUCAACGUGCCUGAUAAGCUGCGGUUGCCUGAUGCCUCCCGGAAAGCCAAGCGCAGCAUUGAGGAGGCUUGCCUCACUCUGCAGCACCUAAACCGCCUGGGAAUCCAGGCUGAGCCUCUGUACCGUGUGGUCAGCAACACCAUUGAGCCACUGACCCUAUUCCACAAAAUGGGUGUGGGCCGGCUGGACAUGUAUGUCCUCAACCCUGUCAAGGACAGCAAAGAGAUGCAGUUCCUCAUGCAAAAGUGGGCAGGCAAUAGUAAAGCCAAGACAGGCAUUGUGCUGGCCAGCGGGAAGGAGGCUGAGAUCUCAGUGCCCUACCUCACCUCUAUCACUGCUCUGGUGGUCUGGCUACCAGCCAACCCCACUGAGAAGAUUGUACGUGUACUUUUCCCAGGAAAUGCUCCCCAGAACAAGAUCUUAGAGGGCCUGGAAAAACUUCGGCACCUGGACUUCCUGCGUUACCCUGUGGCCACACAGAAGGACCUGGCUGCUGGGCCUGUGCCCACCAACCUGAAACCCAGCAAAAUAAAACAGCGGGCUGACAGCAAGGAGAGCCUCAAAGCCACUACCAAGACAGCUGUGAGCAAGCUAGCCAAACGGGAGGAGGUGGCGGAAGAGGGAGCCAAGGAGGCUCGCUCAGAGCUGGCCAAGGAGUUAGCCAAGACAGAGAAGAAGGCAAAAGAGGCAUCUGAGAAGCCCCCAGAGAAGCCUGCCAAGCCUGAGAGGGUGCGGACAGAGUCAAGUGAGGCACUGAAGGCAGAGAAGCGAAAGCUGAUCAAAGAUAAGGUGGGAAAGAAGCACCUUAAAGAAAAGAUAUCAAAGCUGGAAGAGAAAAAAGACAAGGAGAAAAAAGAGAUCAAGAAGGAGAGAAAAGAGUUCAAGAAGGAUGAAGGAAGGAAAGAGGAGAAGAGGGAUGCCAAGAGGGAGGACAAGAGGAAAGAUACCAAACCUGAGGUCAAGAAGAUUUCCAAGCCAGACCUGAAGCCCUUUACCCCUGAGGUACGUAAGACCCUCUACAAAGCCAAGGCCCCUGGAAGAGUCAAGAUAGACAAGAGCCGAGCUGCCCGCGGGGAGAAGGAGCUGUCUUCUGAGCCCCGGACACCCCCAGCUCAGAAGGGGACUGUACCACUCCCAACAGUCAGUGGGCACAGGGAGCUGGCCCUGUCCUCACCAGAGGACCUCACACAGGACUUUGAGGAGAUGAAACGUGAGGAGAGAAGUUUGCUGGCUGAACAAAGGGACACAGGACUUGUAGAGAAACCACUCCCUCUAGACACUACAGAGGGGGCACCCCCAAGCACAGCUAUCCAGGGAAUACCACCCUCUGUCCCAGGGCUGGGACAAGAAGAGCACGUGAUGAAGGAGAAAGAGGCUGUUCCAGACAUCCCUGAGGAACAAGGCAGUAAGGACAGAGGCCCAGACUCUGGGGCUGAAACAGAGGAAGAGAAAGAUACCUGGGAGGAAAAGAAGCAGAGAGAAACAGAAAGGCUCCCAGAUAAAACAGAAGCCAGAGAGGAAAGUGAACCUGAGGUAAAGGAGGAUGUGAUAGAAAAGGCUGAGUUAGAAGAAAUGGAGGAGGUGCACCCUUCAGAUGAGGAGGAAGAGGAAGAGACAAAGGCUGAGAGUUUUUACCAAAAACAUAUGCAGGAAGCCUUGAAAGUAACUCCAAAGGGCAGGGAGGCUCUUGGGGGCAGGGAACUGGGACUACAGGGCAAGGCCCCUGAGAAAGAGACCUCGUCAUUCCUAAGCAGCCUGGCCACACCUGCAGGAGCCACUGAGCAUGUCUCUUACAUCCAGGAUGAGACAAUCCCCGGCUACUCAGAGACUGAGCAGACCAUCUCAGAUGAGGAGAUCCAUGAUGAACCGGAAGAGCGCCCAGCUCCGCCCAGAUUCCAAACAAGUACGUAUGACCUCCCUGGGCCUGAAGGGCCUGGCCCCUUUGAAGCCAGCCAGCCUGCAGAUAGUUCCGUUCCUACCACUUCCAGCAAAGGCUAUGGAGCACCAGAGACUGAACUCACCUACCCCCCCAACAUGGUGGCUGCUCCUUUGGCUGAAGAGGAACAUGUGUCCUCAGCCACCUCAAUCACUGAGUGUGACAAACUUUCUUCCUUUGCCACAUCAGUGGCUGAGGACCAGUCUGUGGCCUCACUUACAGCUCCCCAGACAGAGGAGACAGGCAAGAGCUCCCUACUGCUUGACACAGUCACAAGCAUCCCCUCCUCCCGCACUGAAGCCACUCAGGGCUUGGACUACGUGCCAUCAGCUGGUACCAUCUCACCCACCUCCUCACUGGAAGAAGACAAGGGCUUCAAAUCACCACCCUGUGAGGACUUCUCUGUGACUGGGGAGCCAGAGAAGAAAGGAGAGAUCACAGGGAGAGGCCUACCUGGAGAUAGAGCCAUAGAAGAAGAGGAGGAGAUGGCAAAUGUAGAGAUGUCUGAUAAACUUUGCAGUCAAUAUGGAACCCCAAUGUUUGGUGCCCCUGGGCAUGCCCUACAUCCAGGGGAACCGGCUCUCGGAGAAGUGGAGGAGCGGUGCCUCAGCCCAGAUGACAGUACAGUGAAGAUGGCCUCUCCUCCGGCAUCUGGCCCACCCAGUGCCACCCACACACCCUUCCAUCAGUCCCCAGUGGAAGAAAAGUCUGAGCCCCAAGACUUUCAGGAAGUGGGCUCCUGGGGAGACACUAAGCGCACACCAGGUGUGGGCAAAGAAGAUGCUGCAGAGAAGACGGUCAAGCCAGGUCCUGAAGAGGGCACACUAGAGGAGGGGAAGAUGCCUCCUCCCAGAAGCCCUCAGGCCCAGGAAGCCCCCAUCAGCAUUGUCAGGGGACAUACAGGCUACAGAAUUCAGCUGUUGUCAGAACAGGACAAAGCAAUAGUCUUUGAGACUGUGAAGGCAGGAGAACCCACAGGCCCAAUUCUGGGAGAAGCCCUUCCUGGAGGUUUGAGGACAUCACCCCAAGAACCUGGUGAACCUCAGAAAGAUGAGGUGCUCCAAUUUCCUGACCGAAGCCUCUCCCCUGAAGAUGCAGAGUCCCUCUCUGUCCUCAGCAUGGUCUCUCCAGACACUGCCAACCAAGAGCCCACCCCCAGGUCUCCUUGUGGUCUGACAGAGCAGUACCUACACAAAGACCUUUGGCCAGAGGUGUCUCCAGAAGAUACCCAGUCACUUUCUGUCUCAGAAGAAAGUCCUAGCAAGGAGACCUCUCUGGAUAUCUCUUCUAAGCAGCUCUCUCCAGAAAACCUUGGCAUUCUCCAGUUUGGAGAACUAAACCUUGGAAAGGAAGAAAAGGAGCCACUGAUGCAGGCUGAGGACACCUCUCACCAACUAGCUCCUGUGUCUAUUCCAGAGCCCUAUGCAGCCACAGUGUCACCUCCCUUACAUGGGACCACUGGAUAUUCUGCACAGGCAGACUUCACAGAUGAGAGCCCUGACAGAAAGUUACCUGCCAGCUCUUUCUCUCACUCUAUACCAUCAGGAGAUGGGAAGCACUCACCUGGGGUGAUCACAAGCCCUGGUGAACACAUUCUGACACCUGAUAGCUCCCUCACCAAGAGUCCUGAGUCUUUGCCAAGCCCUGCCAUGGAGGACAUUGCUAUGGAGUGGGAAAGUAAAGUUCCAGGGUUGAAAGAUAGAACCCCACAGGAUAAGGACAAGGAACCUGAGCCAAAGGAUGAAGUCCUACAGCAGAAGGACAAAACUCUGGAGCAGAAGGAUGUUGUUGUACAGCAGAAGGAUACAGCCAUUCCUAAGAAAGAUGAAGCUCUAGAAGAAAAGAACAAGGCUGUGAAACAGCAGGAUGAGGCUUUAGAACAAAAAGGCAGAGACUUAAACCAAAAGGAUGUAGUAUUAGAACAGAAGGACAAGGCCCUGGAACCAAAAGACAAAGACUUAGAACAAAAAGACAAGGCCCUGGAUCAGGACAAGAUCCCAGAAGAGAGAGAUAAAGCCUUAGAACAAAAGGACACAGCCCUGGGACAGAAGCACAAGGCCUUGGAACCAAAAGACAAAGACUUAGAACAAAAAGACAGAGACUCAGAACAAAAGGACACAGCCCUGGAACAGAAGGACAAGGCCUUGGAACCAAAAGACAAAGACUUAGAACAUGAGGACAGAGACUCAGAACAAAAGGACACAGCCCUGGAACAAAAGGACAAGGCCCUGGGACCAAAAGAGAAAGACUUAGAACAAAAAGAUAAGGUCCUAGGACAGAAGGAUAUGAUCCCAGAAGAGAAAGACAAAACUUUGGAACAAAAAGUCCAAGACUUUGAACAUAAAGACAAGGCUCCAGAGGAAGAGGUCCCUGAACUUAAGGGCAAAGCCCUAGAACAGACAGACAAAGCCCCUGAACAGAAAGAUAAGGCCCAGGAACAGAAGGAUACGGGCUCAGAAAAGGAGGAUCAGGCCUUAGAACAAAAAUACUGGGCCUUAGGACAAAAGGAUGAGGCCCUGGAACAAAACAAUAAGGCUGUUGAACAGAAAGAUAAGGCUCUGGAAGAGAAGGACAAAACUCAGAGAGAGGAGAGCCUAGCACAGGAGGAUAAAACCACUAAACCAGAGGAGAAGAUCCUAGAGGAAAAAUCCCUAGAAAAGGUCAAGGCUGUGGAACAGAAGGAAGAAGCUCUUCAGGAGAAGACCAAAGCUCUGGGGCUGAAAGAGAGCCCAGUGUUGGAGGUCAAGGCUGGAGAGCAGGAAGAGAAGUACUGGAAAGAGCAGGAUGUAGUCCAGGAGUGGCAAGAAAUAUCUCCAACCAGAGGGAAGCCAGUUGGAGAACAGAAAGAGCCGGCCCCAGCAUGGGAGGACACUGCUCCUAAGCAGGAGAACAGGUAUUGGAGGGGCAGAGAGGAUGUGGCCCUGGAAGAGGACACAUACUGGAGGGAGCUAAGUUGUGAGCGGAAGGUCUGGUUCCCUCAUGAGCUGGAUGGCCAAGGGGCCCGCCCACGGUACAGCGAGGAACGGGAGAGCACUUUCCUCGAUGAGGGGCUAGAGGAUGAGCAAGAAGUGCCCUCCACAGAGCACACACCCCGGAGCCCGUGGGCCUCAGACUUCAAGGAUUUUCAGGAGCCCUCACCACAGAAGGGGCUGGAGGUAGAACGCUGGCUUGCUGAGUCACCAGUUGGGCUGCCACCAGAGGAAGAGGACAAGCUGACCCGCUCUCCUUUUGAGAUCAUCUCCCCUCCGGCCUCCCCACCUGAGAUGGUUGGGCAGAGAGUUCCUUCAGCCCCAGGACAAGAGAGCCCUAUCCCAGAGCCUAAGCCCAUGCCACCCAUGAGGAAUGAACCCACCACCCCCUCAUGGUUGGCUGACAUCCCCCCAUGGGUGCCCAAGGACACACCCUUGCCCCCUCCACCCCUCUCCCCAGCUCCAACUCCCCCUACACCUGCCCCAGAGCCCCACACUCCUUCACCCUUCUCCUGGGGCACAGCUGAAUAUGACAAUGUGGUGGCUGCAGUGCAGGAGGGGGCAGCUGAGUUGGAAGGGGGGCCAUACUCCCCCCUGGGGAAGGACUACCUCAAGGCUGAAGGGGAAAGGGAAGAAGAAGGUAGAGCUGAGGCUCCUGACAGCAGCCCCCAAAGCUCAAAGGUCCCAGAGGCCAGCGAGAGCCAUACCACCGCAGACCCCGAGCAGACUGAACCAGAGCAGAGGGAGCCCACGCCCUAUCCUGAUGAGAGAAGCUUUCAAUAUGCAGACAUCUAUGAGCAGAUGAUGCUUACCGGGCUUGGCCCUGCAUGCCCCACUAGGGAGCCUGCACUUGGAGCAGCUGGGGAUUGGCCCCCACGCCUCUCAACCAAGGAGGAGGCUGCCGGCAGAAACACAUCUGCAGAGAAGGAGCUUUCAUCUCCUGUCUCCCCCAAGAGCCUCCAGUCUGACACUGCAACCUUUAGCUAUGCAUCCCUGGCAGGACCCACUCUACCCACCAGGCAGGAGCCUGAGCCAGGGCUGAGUGUGGAGUCCAGCCUCACCCCACCUGCAGUGCCCCCCCGUGCUCCUAUCUCCCUGAGCAAAGGCCCAAGCCCCCCUCUUAAUGAUAACAUCUUGAGCUGCAGCCCAGAGGGGAGGACCCCAUCCCCCAAGGAAUCAGGCCGUGGUCACUGGGAUGACAGCACUAGUGACUCAGAGCUGGAGAAGGGGGCUCUGGAACAGUCAGAGAAAGAGGCCCAGUCCCCAAGUCCCCCUCACCCUAUCCCUGUGGGACCCCCCACACUGUGGCCUGAAACUGAGGCACAUACCAGCCCUUCCUCGGACUCACACCUGGGGCCUGUUCGACCCAGCCUGGACUUCCCCGCUUCAGCCUUUGGCUUCUCCUCGUUGCAGCCAGCUCCCCCACAGCUGCCGUCUCCAGCGGAACCUCGCUCAGCACCCUGUGGCUCCCUUGCCUUCUCUGGGGAUAGAGCUCUGGCUCUGGCUCCGGGACCUCCGACCAGAGUCCGGCAUGAUGAGUACCUGGAAGUGACCAAGGCCCCCAGCCUAGACUCCUCACUGCCCCAGCUCCCAUCACCUAGCUCUCCUGGGGCCCCUCUUCUCUCCAAUCUGCCACGACCUGCCUCACCAGCCCUGUCUGAAGGCUCCUCCUCUGAGGCUACCACACCUGUGAUUUCAAGUGUGGCUGAGCGCUUUCCUCUAGGCCUUGAGGCUGCAGAAAAAGGGUCUGGAGAGCUGGACCCAGAAAUGGAACCAGCCGCUCACAGCCUCUGGGACCUCACUCCUCUAAGCCCAGCACCCCCCCCUUCACUGGACUUGGCCCUAGCUCCAGCUCGAAGCCUGCCUGGAGACAUGGAUGAUGGCACCCUGCCCUGCCGCCUGGAGUGCUCAGAGGCAGCCAUGAAGCCAAGCCCCUUCCAGGGUCCCUCUGGAGACUGUGCAGCCAAUGGCACGAAUGAAACCAGCCCCAACCCUCCAGGCCCUACCCCAGCUAAGGCUGAAAAAGAAGAGGCUGAGGCCUGUUCUGCCUGGGAAUGUGGGGCCUGGCCUGAGGGAGCUGAGAGGAGCUCCCGGCCUGACACACUGCUGUCCCCUGAGCAGCCACUAUGUCCCAGAGAGGGCUCUGGUGGCCCGCCCAGCAGUAUCUCUCCUGAGGUUGAGGCUGGGCCCCAGGGAUGUGCCACUGAGCCCCAGCCCCACCAUGGGGAGCUCUCCCCAUCCUUCCUGGACCCACCUCUGCCCCUAUCCAUGGACGACAAUGACCUUUCAACUGAAGAAGCUCAGCUGGUAGGAAGAGGGGGGUGGCACCGGGCAGGGGGGCCAGGGAACACAGGGGGCCCAUGCCCUGUGGCUGAUGAGACACCCCCCACAUCAGCCAGUGACUCAGGCUCCUCACAGUCAGAUUCCGAUGUCCCGCCAGAAACUGAGGAGUGUCCAUCCAUCACAGCUGAGGCAGCCCUCGACUCAGAUGAAGAUGGGGACUUCCUGCCUGUGGACAAAGCUGGGGGGGUCAGUGGAACUCACCAUCCCAGGCCUGGCCACGACCCACCCCCUAUCCCGCAGCCAGACCCCCAUCCAUCCCCUCCCCGCCCUGAUGUGUGCAUGGCAGACCCUGAGGGACUCAGCUCAGAGUCUGGGAGGGUAGAGAGGCUACGGGAGAAGGAGAAAGUGCAGGGACGAGUAGGGCGCAGGCCCCCAGGCAGGGCCAAGCCCGCAUCCCCUGCACGGCGUCUGGAUCUUCGGGGAAAACGCUCACCCACCCCCGGUAAAGGGCCUGCAGAUCGAGCAUCCCGAGCUCCACCCCGACCACGCAGCACUACAAGCCAGGUCACCCCAGCAGAGGAAAAGGAUGGACACAGCCCCAUGUCCAAAGGCCUGGUCAAUGGACUCAAGGCAGGACCCAUGGCCUUGGGUUCCAAGGGCGGCACUGGCUCCCCUGUAUAUGUGGAUCUCGCCUAUAUCCCGAAUCACUGCAGUGGCAAGACUGCUGACCUUGACUUCUUCCGUCGAGUGCGUGCAUCCUACUAUGUGGUCAGUGGGAAUGACCCUGCCAAUGGCGAGCCAAGCCGGGCCGUGCUGGAUGCCCUGCUGGAGGGCAAGGCCCAGUGGGGGGAGAAUCUCCAGGUGACUCUGAUCCCCACUCAUGACACAGAGGUGACUCGUGAGUGGUACCAGCAGACUCAUGAGCAGCAGCAGCAACUGAAUGUCCUGGUCCUGGCAAGCAGCAGCACCGUGGUCAUGCAGGAUGAGUCCUUCCCAGCCUGCAAGAUUGAGUUCUGAAAGAGCCGCCACCCUUCCCCAGGCAUCCACUCCCCCAGCUCCUUUAGAGAAUGGCUACUGCUGAGUCCUUUGGGGUUGAGGGAGAUGGGAGCCAGAGGGGAAGCAGAUUAUUGUGGGGACUUGGGCUGGGCUAAAUGGGAGGGGUUGUCCCUCCCCCUCAUCCAUUCCUGAGAGGGGUCUCAAAACCAAAGGUAACAGGAAUAGGAUAGGGGGAGGGUACAAAUUAGGAUAGAGGUCAUCUGAUGCCGGAAAACCUUGGAGUACUCUCCUAGCACUGUCAAAUACUGGUAUUGGAUGGGGAGUGAGGAUGGGUCUCAGAGAGCAACCUCGUCCUUCAUGGAGGGAGAUCAUAUCCCCGACCCCAGGGACCUCUUUAUUUCAGUCUAUUUAUUUAGCAUCCCAGGAAGGAUUUCCAAUAGUAAUUUAUGUGACCUAGGGGCAGGAUACUGUUAGUGAGGUGCCCAGAGCUGCACCCAUUCCUCCAUCUCCCAUUCCCUCACACACCAGGGUCUGGGUUCUAGCAGUGGCCUGGGGGUGUACCACUGCUACACCGUCCUACUGCUUCCCUCAGUAUCUGAAUGUCUCAAUCCAAAACUUGAAGCUCUUUGACCAACAGCCUGGUGAGAGGAGAAAGGAGCUUAUCUCCCACCCCCUGUUUCAUACCAUUCGCAUCCCAGGGCUGUGUCCAGACCAGGCCUACUGGGCAGCACAAAAGGGCAAGGAGAGCCCAGUCCCAAUCCCAGAAUCCUUCCAAACUCCCUGACCCUUUGAAGUUUUUACUCACCCUGUUCCAAUUAUCGAUCCCUACUCAUCCCCUGCUUGGCUUCUCUGCAUGUGGUCAUCUGCUGUGGCCUGGUGUAUAAUGGGUUAAAAAUAAGCCACUGCCUGACAUGACAUCCCAACAUUUGACACCGCGGCAAUGUGUGACUCCCCCAACAUUCCACUCUACCAUCCUGCAGCUGAAAUGAGAAUGCUGGCUGCCUCUCCAAACCCAAACUCUUAGAGGAUUUGGGGGGUUGAGGCUAGGCCAGAGGACUUGGGGAAAAUGAGAGGGAGGAAGGGAAAAAGGAAACGAAGCUGAGCUAUAGCUUAACUCCUACAGAGUGAAAUGAAAAUGGGCUGAAAAUACCACCCCAGGAGAGGACCUCACCCCAAGCAAGUCAGUGAGCGGCCCUGCCAGACUACUGCCGGACUGAGAAACCCAGACUGAGAAACCCAGACGCUGAUAGUCUUGUGGGCUCGCCUUCUCUGCCAAACUGGGAAACCAAAAUGAGCCCACUUUGUGUUCUUCCUAGCUCCCACCCUCCCCGUGCUGCUGUGCUCUGCUCCUCCCCACACUUUCCUGCUAUAGUUCCCAGCUGCUGUAAUGGAGCCGCCUCCAACUCUAACAAUAAAUCAAGUUCAUUGCGGA